AUGUCGUCUUCUGUCUUCGUAACAGGAAUUGGUUCUUCGCAAGGUGGUCGCUGUAAAGGCGAGACGCUACUCACGCUUUCGCCACAUUGUUCAGAGGAUUGCUACUCGAUUACUGCGUUGAUUCUUCCGAAAAUCACCAAUGAUUUGCCAACUCUGAGAUUACUCGUUUCAAAUUGGCCACACGUGCAGGGCUUAGUCUUAGCCGGUCCGUAUUUCGCCGAGCCAGGCUGCAUAGACAUACUCAUAGGUAUGGACGUAAUGGACCAACUCAUAUGUAUGGAAUUCCGGAAGGGGCCACCCGGCACACCUAUGACGCAGAAGACAGUUUUUGGCUGGACUUUGUUCGGAAACAUUGUCAAUCCUGUUACGCUUACUAACAACUUGUUGUCGCUGCAUUGCGAUAUUCAUUUGGAUCGAGCCUUAGCUAGAUUGUGGGAGUUAGAAGAGUUGCCUGAAAAACGUUACCUUACUCACGAAGAAAACUUUUGCGAAGAUCAUUUUAUUUCCACUCAUAAAAGAAUGCCUGAUGGUCGUUUCGUGGUAGAGUUACCACUUAAACCAAACGAGUCACUCGGGGAGUCACGGGACUUUGCAGUCCGUAACCUGUUACGUAUCGAGCGAAGACUCGAAAGUAACAACGAAUUACGUUUACAAUAUAAUGAGUUUAUGAGAGAACUCAUUGAAAUGGGGCAUAUGGAAGCCAUUUCUGAGACGACUAGUAUGGCAUACUAUAUGCCACAUCACCCUGUCAUAAAGGAAUCCAGCGUUACUACUAAGUUGAGGGUAGUCUUUAACGCCUCUGCGAAAACUACUAAUGGAAAUUCGCUUAACGGCACAUUGUUCGUGGGACCUCAGCUACAACAAGAUUUAUAUACUAUAUUGAUUCGUUUUAGAACGCACCGUUACGCAGUGACGGCAGACGUCGCAAAAAUGUAUCGACAGGUUUGCGUCUCAUCAAAACACGUCGAUCUACAGCGAAUCGUUUGGCGUCCAGAUCGAUCUUCUCCUAUUACAGAUUAUCGCAUGCUACGGGUAACCUAUGGAGUGGCUGCCGCGUCUCAUCUAGCUGUUAAAUCGUUACAUGAAACAGCUAAGCGCUCAUCUAAUAGCUGCAAAAAAUCCGUUGAGGUAAUCCUCAAGGACUUCUACAUGGACGAUUUGCUUACUGGUGCAUCCUGCAAAUCGGAGCUCCUAACGCUUCAACGGAACGUGUCUGAAAUGCUUCAAGAAGGCGGCUUCGAACUACAAAAAUGGCCAUCUAAUUGCACAGAGCUAAAUAAAAGCAUUUCUAAUUCAUCUACGAGUAUAUCGCAUUAUAUUGCCGAUAGUAAAGACGUUCACGCACUCGGGCUCAUAUGGAACGUAGAAGGCGACUACUUUACAUUCGCAAUCAAUUUAAAGAAAACACCCGCAAUCCUAACUAAGAGAGCAUUUUUGUCAGAUGCUAGUACUCUUUUUGAUCCCUUGGGCUUGCACGCUCCUGUAACGAUUUGCUCCAAAAUGUGGUUCCAGGACACCUGGCGCGUUCAAGUUGGUUGGGAUGAACCCAUACCAACCACUAUUGCUACGCAAUGGCUAGAACAUCGUUCGCAACUUCAUCGAAUGGCCUAUUUAAAAGUGAGCCGCUGGCUCGGUACUGGAAGGACUGGGUCGUUCACUGAAUUGCAUCUUUUCGCUGACGCCUCGGAGCGUGCUUACGCUGCGGUGAUGUACGCGCGCACUAUUCACGCUGAUGGGCAGAUCGUCGUGUCUAUAAUUUCGUCGAAGACUAAAGUGGCACCCAUAAAGCCCACGUCGCUACCGCGCCUGGAAUUGUGCGCCGCUCAUCUCGCUGCCAAGCCAGCCAGAAGUGUACUUCAUAGUUGGGGCAAUCAGCGUUACCCUAUGUUCGCUUGGACAGACUCAACAAUUACGCUGCCAUGGUUGCAAACACACCCCAGCCGAUGGGAAACGUUUGUCGCGAAUCGUGUUUCCGAGGUCCACGAAGUUCUUCCUGCCGAAUGCUGGAAUCACGUACGAUCUGAAAAAAAUCCAGCGGAUUGCGCUUCUAGAGGCGUAACACCACUUAAACUCCUGCAUCAAGAGCAGUGGUGGAACGGUCCAAGUUUCCUGCGUAGUUCAAACGCUUUUUGGAAGUCCGGUUCGUCAAAGACGCAUAUGACUGAGUUUGGUCUACGGAAGAAAGUACGGGCGCAUCUUACUCAUUCGGACAAUCAUUGGUCUGUAAUGACCAAAUACUUAUCGUAUUCAAAACUAAAGCGUGUCAUGGCCUACGUUUUACGCUUCGUAUUCAACGCUCGCUCCAUUACGCUGCAUAAUGCUGAGAAACGAUGUGGUCCUGUUAGCUCUACAGAAAUAGCUGAAGCUGAACGCCGCUUAAUUAAGUAUACUCAACAUUUCUUUUAUGCUAAUGAAAUUUUUCUUUGCAGCGCAAAAAGGCCGAUCCCGCUUCGCAGUAGCCUAUUGCGCUUACAGCCAUUUCUUGACUCGAAUGGUAUUCUUCGAAUUGGUGGUCGUCUUAAGUCUGCAAAGCUUGCAUAG